GAAAGAUCGCUUCUUUCUUUCUUUUUUCCCAGAAAAUAACACGGAGUGAGCAAUCAUGUCAUUGGUCAGCACGAUGUCAUUGACCCGAUGAGGCCGUAGGGGAGCCGGAUGCUUGAAGCUUUUCUCUGCUCUGUAGGUUGCUGUCACUCUGAUGAAGUGAUGAGGCCGCGAGCCACACGCACCUCUGCUACCUGAAAACCGGUAGCGAAAAAGAAAACAAAGCUUUCCUCGGCAGCGGGAGAGCCCACUGGCGCACACCCCGGCGUUGAUCAAGCCAGCGGCAGCAGCCAGCAGCAAGGGGGAGGGGGAAGCGACCCGGCAAGGGGGCAGGCAGGCCGCGGCCGGCCGCCGCGCCGCAUGCGGCCACUGGGCGGCCGCGCCGUCGCUGUCGCCAGCGCCGUGACAGCUCGCGGACGGCAACUCGCCGAGCGCGGGGACAAGAGCUCCCCCCAUCCAUGAGGCAACCAUGCUCGUGCUCAUCAACAAAUACCUCAGGAGCAAGAACGCCCCGGCGGGAGGAGGAGGAGGAGGAGGAGGCGGCGGAGACGAGAUGGCGCCGGCGGCCUCCAACCGGGAGCACCGAGACCGCGACCGCGACCGCGACCUCUACCUGUGCCUGCCCGGCUGCGUGCCGGUGCGCGCCAAGCGGGGGAGCACCACGGCGGCGUCGGCGGCGACGGUAACCACCACGACGAGGACGUCGCGGCACAACUUCGUCAAGGCCGCGGCGUCGGGACUGCUCGCGGGGGCGCAGUUCACCAACCACGAGUCGCUCCCGCCGCUGCCCGACGCCUACGCCGAGUUCGCCGCCGCGUUCCCGCUGUACGGCGCGCUGGCGCGGGCCGACGCCAUCCGGGACGAGGAGUACCCGCACCUCGACCGCCACGUGUGCCUCGACUACACCGGCAUCAACCUCUUCUCCCACGCGCAGAUGAACUCCUCCCUGCCGUCCACCUCCGCUCCGCCGGCAUCGGCGGCGUCCGUCGCGUGGCAGCCGCCCUUCUUCGACAUCGCGUACAAGUCGGCGAGCCUGCGGGCACAGGUGCAAUGCGGGGACGCCGCGACGGGGGUCGGCGCCGCCGUGACGAGGCGCAUCAUGGCGUCACUCAAGAUCCCCGAGGACGAGUACGCCAUGGUGUGCACGGCGAACCGGACCACCGCGUUCCGGCUCCUGGCUGAGUCCUACUCGUUCCAGCCCGGAAAGCAGCUGCUCCCCGUGUACGACUACGAGAGCGAGGCCGUGGCCGCCAUGGCCGACAGCGCGCGCCGCCGUGGCGCGGAGGUCACGCCGGCGAGCUUCGCCUGGCCGAGCAUGCGGAUCCACGGCGCCGACCUCCGCAAGAAGCUGUGCCGCGGCCGGCGGCGCGGCGGCGGGCGCGGGCUCUUCGUGUUCCCUCUGGCUUCCCGCAUGACGGGCGCCAGGUACCCGUACCUGUGGAUGAGCGCGGCGCAGGAGCAGGGGUGGCACGUGGCUCUGGACGCCUGCGCGCUCGGCACCAAGGACCUCGACACGCUCGGGCUCUCCCUCAUCCGCCCGGACUUCAUCGUCUGCAACUUCUUCAAGGUGUUCGGCGAGAACCCCUCCGGCUUCGCGGGGCUCUUCGUCAAGAGGUCCACCGGCCUCGCCGCGCUCGAGCGCUCCGUCAUCGCGCGCAGCAUCGGCAUCGUCAGCAUCGUGCCCGCUCGACGCUGGUCGCUCCACGACGGCUACUCCACCGAGCUCGAGCACUCGCGCAGCUUCCCCAAGCUCGCCGACCCGCCGCCGCCGCUGGACGACGCCGACGUCGAGACCACCAGCUCCUUCUCCGGCCCGCUCAGCUCCACCGCCAUCACCCGCAGCAUGACCCUGCAGCCCGACGACGCCGCGGAGAUCAGCGAGGAGAAUGGCUUCCUCUACCAGGAGGAGCCGGGAGCACAGUACGGCGGCGGCCAUGGAGCAGAGCAGCCGGCGAAGGAGGAGGAAGAGAGUGCCAUGAUAGAGGUGGAGUGCCGGGGGCUGGACCACGCGGACGCGCUGGGGCUGAUCGCCAUCGGCAACCGGCUGCGGUGCAUCAGCAACUGGCUGGUGGUAGCGCUGCAGAAGCUGCGGCACCCGCACGCCGAGGGCGGCGGCCACCAGCUAGUGAGGCUGUACGGCCCGCGGGUCAAGUUCGACCGGGGCCCGUCGCUGGCCUUAAACGUGUUCGACUGGAAGGGCGAGCGGGUGGCACCACCGCUGGUGCAGAAGCUCGCCGACCGCCACGGCAUCUCCCUCACCUGCGGAUUCCUGCGCAACAUCUGGUUCUCCGACAAGUACGACGCCGACAGGGCCGCCGUCCUCGAGCACAUCGGCGACGACGGCGGCGCGGUCCCGGUCACGCCAGGGAAGAGGAGGAAGGACGCCGCCGGCGACGCGGGGAUCCUCGUGGUGAACGCGUCGCUGGGGUUCCUGAGCAACUUCGAGGACGCCUACAGGCUGUGGGCGUUCGUGGCCAAGUUCUUGGACGCCGACUUCGUGGAGAAGGAGAGGUGGAGGUACACCGCGCUCAACCAGAGGACGGUCGAGGUGUAGUAGCGCAGAUUGCAGCCGCAGCUUCAGCUCAGCUUGGCGCAUUGGUACAGUUUCAGUUCACUGUAAAGCAGCAUUCUUUUGGGAUCAGCUCGGCAGUGUCAGUGUGUGUGCCGUGCUCUUCCUUUCAGCCAUUCUUUCAGUGUAAACUGUAAGAUGUAUAGUGUAGAGUUUGCUUUCCUAAUAAAAAUAUCUAGAAUAUGGGUUCAUAA